UUUAUAAGAUCUAUGAGGGAUAGACCCCCUCCUCCCGCCGCUACAGGUCCCGCAGCACUGCAAGUAGCUCAUGUCCGAAAGAAGUCUUCCAGCCUUAUGGGCUUCUGUAUAGUCGCUGCCCUAGGCAAAUCUCGAGAACCGAAUCCACAGUGAUCCGUGCAUUUCGGCGGAGUAUAGCAUCAUGGUCACAUUUACGCAAUCGAUACCACAUCGAACACGGAUAUCAAAAUCACAUCAUGACCCUCACGCUCGUCGAUCUAUCAAAGGGGAAGCGUUCGCACGCAAAGUACCAGAAGAGAGGUUGCAGAUAGAUCUGGUCGAUCUUGAUGAUUUGCGCGAUCCCAUCAAGAUAGGUACACGAGAGACAUCGCGGUUGCAUCACGUCGCGGCUUUCCUGAAGCGACGCUAUGGCGAUGACCAAGAUGAAGAGCCGAUAUUGGAGGAUGCGCAGAUAAUCUUCUACUGGAUGGACAAGUGUCUUUUAGGAGAUGAGAUUCCGGGCGGAAUAUCUAGACUGCACUACCGUGCGCUCGACCAAAAUGCAGAGGACGAUGACGAUACCGAUGCUGCCCUGAAGUUUAUUUGGAGCACAAAUAUAGAUUUUGAUGCAGAUCAACUUGUCAAAAUUCAGUGUGCUCUUGGAAAAGGAGGGACUAUCGGGAGCUUGAGGAGCGCUUUUGCUUCUGUUCUGGAGAUUGAGGAUGCGAACAGAAUUGUGAUCUCUGCGCGGGGCGGCUUGCGACCAGGCCUACUCCAAGGGAACAACUGGCAGGUCAACAAAAUCAAAGCUUGGCUUUGCCGCAAGAUAUGGAUAGACAUAGCACCACCCAAAAACUAUAUCGUCCUAAGGGGGGUGAACGAAGAGUAUAUCUACCACCCACCUCUUAUGGGCCAUUACCACUCCACUGACUUUCGCACACUUCGGGAUUGGCUUUUGUCGCGGAUCAUCACGAAUGUGCACUGUCGUGCAUCGAGUCGCCUCAAGGUGGAUACAGACGAUGUUACAAUGGUCUGCAAAGGCAGGAUCUUGACCAAGCGUGGACGUAUCAGCUCUGGCCAGGUCGUCGACUUUGAACUCACACGAGAAGUGGCAGAUAAAUUCAUCGCGGAAGAGGCGUGGCUGGUACCGGAAACCGAGAAUUGUGCAGUAUGCAGCGACGACAAGAGGGUUUCAGAGAUACCAAGGCACGUCACCAGGUCAUGCGAACACAAGUCAAAUACUUGCAAGGACUGUGUCGGUCAAUGGAUUACCUCGAGUAUGGAGACUCUUGCGUGGGACCGAUUGAAGUGUCCAGAAUGCCCACAACUUUUGCAGUUCGAUGAUGUCAGGGCUUUUGCCAGCCCGGACGUAUUCGUCAGGUAUGAUACAUUAGCAAUGAAGGCCGCUGUCGCAAACAUUCGUGAUUUCAAGUGGUGUCUGAACCCACGUUGCGACUCUGGGCAAAUAGUCCGAUUCGGUUGUGAGAAACUCAAAUGUCAUAGCUGUAAAGCACUGUCAUGCGCUCAACACAAUCUGCCAUGGCAUAAGGGAGAGACUUGUGAGGAGUUCGAUAAACGUAAUCGAAAGCAGAGGAAGGGCGAAAGAGCCUCGGAGAAAAAGGUCAAGGACAUCACAAAGCCUUGUCCACAAUGCCAGAAAGACGUAUAUAAGUUCUCAGGCUGCGAUCAUAUCACCUGUGUUUGUGGGCAUGAAUGGUGCUAUAUCUGCCUCGAGACAUAUUACCGCGAUAGGAGCAGCUUCCUUCAAUGUAAGCACAAGCAGGACUGCAAGUACUUUGAGAACCCACCGAACUACGAAGGGGGUCGUGCUUUCAUGCCAUUUUUGAACCACAUGCGGGAACAACGCAACAAUCAGGAUUGGCAAUUUGCACCUCCGCCUCCUCCACGUCCACAACCACCUGGCCUUGACGAGUGGCGACGACGACCUAUACCGGCGAAUGCCAAUCCGUUUCAACCUCAGCCAAGACCAGCACAACCGCCAGCUAACGAGGACGAGCAUGCUCGAACUCAGGCCUGGAUCGAUACAAACCCUUUACAGUUUCUCAUGGAAGAUUUCUUAGAGCCAGGCAACAACGUGCAGCUUCAUAUCAAUCAUGUGAGGCGAGGAGCCUUCGAUCAUGGAUUCCUGGGAGCCGCUGCCCUGUUUACGAUGGAACAAUUGGUGCAAAGGACGAGGUGAUGAAGUUUACGACAUCAUGACUAUUGCAUAGUUUUCUUUGCUUUUCAUACAAGGUGACUGAAAGAUGGGUUAGGGCAACCUUGGCAUUCGUACUAUAUCAUUGUGUUUAUUUCUCUUGUAAACUACAAAUC